UUAAAAAAUACAUUAGAAAUAAUCAUAAUGACUCUAAUUUUUUUUCUUCCUCCUCCAUCUAGAGAAAUCCCUUCCACUACAGUUUCUUUAACAAGCGUCACCAGUUUAGAGAUAAAUUUGUCUUUCUUGAGUCAACCUCUGAAGAUUAGCAGUGGCAUUUGCUCAGCGGGAAGUCUGCUGUUGGAGUAUAUGUCCUUGAGUACCUCUUACUGGGUACUGGAGACAACCCACAGAGGCAUGGUUUAUAGUGGUCUCUGGAACAUCUGCUUAGAAUCAAAAUGCAACCUGUACCAGUUUAAUCUCUUAGCUUUGCACAUCCAUGUUACCCGCGCCUUCCUGCUGAUGGCCCUCUUCUGUGGCUUCAUAGGGUUGCUUUUCAGUUGCAUCUCUUUUGAACGUAACAAGCUAUACGAUGUAUCGGUAAUAAAAACAGCAGCCAUCUUCAGCUUCAGUGCAGGUUUCCUUGUUCUGGUUGCCAUGUCUCUGUUCACAGCCAUUCUUAGGAGAUCGCCAGGAUACGCCCAACGUUUAGUAGUAUUUGGUACAUCCUUCAGCUUGGGCUGGGCCUCCAUUCUUAUGUAUAUUGUCACCGGUAUUCUACUUUUGUUGACUGAAAAAACCAUAAUUUCUUAAGUCUAGGCAUCUACCCUUCCACUGAGACUUUUGAAAAAGUCACCCAUCGCACAUUUGCUGGUUUCAUAAUCAUGGAAACGAUUAUGCGCUGGAGCAUUUAGCUGGGGCAAAUGCAACCUUAUUCUCUAGGUAUAUGAAGACAGUGUCCCAUUUCUCCGAUGUAAUUGGACCAUGAUUUGCUACUAUGAAGGGCCUUCAGCCAGUUCUUUCCCAGCUUGACAGGACAUUGGCAUGCAAUAUUUUAUGAUAGCUGGAAAUGACCAUGGCGUGCUAUGACAUCCCAGAAACUAUGAUCUGGGGGGAGGGAAUCGGAGCUUGCUUCACCUUUAAAUUGGAAACUGGGGUUUGGCUUCUAGUUCUGACUUGCAGCUAAGUAAUGGUUCAUGCUAAUUUCACACAUGUUGGGUAUCAUAAGGAAACAGAGAG